AUGUACUUUCAAAACGUACUCGCCUUCUCUGUGGCCCUGCUGGCAGGCACAGCAAUCGCCGCGGAUUACAAUGGUGGCCAAAUACCUCCAAAGAUGCGAAUGGGACGAUCCAAGUUGCGCGCCGCUAAUUUGAUUUCUGGAUCUUCAUCUGCAAAGGUGGUUACUGUGACACCGAUUGCCGCUGCUACCCCCAGCCCAUCCUCCGUGGCUGAUGCUAGCAAAGCCAUGGUGUCCGUGUCAUCAGUUGCUACACCAUCAUCCUCGGCAGUGCCGUCACCAAUAAAACACGCGGCAGUAACCAAGUUUAGUUCUUCGGCUAAACCAUCAUCCUCAGAGGCAGCAUCAUCCUCAGUAGCAGCAUCAUCCUCAGUGCCAGCAUCAUCCUCAGAGGCAGCAUCAUCCUCAGAGGCAGCAUCAUCCUCAGAGGCAGCAUCAUCCUCAGAGGCAGCAUCAUCCUCAGAGGCAGCAUCAUCCUCAGCCGCGCAUAGUCCUGCUCAAGGCACGCAUGCCGCGCAGAAACCCGGCUCAAGCCAUUCGUCCGCCGAUGAGCACGACGUGAGCAUCCCAGUACAGGAACUCGCCAGCCAAGCAGAUGCCGCAGCGCACAAGGACGCCCACAAGCCGUUCUGGAGCAGACCAGUUUCCAAGAACAAAGCUCAUCCCAAUGCGCCGGAUUUCAGCGAAGUUCCCGAGACACGGGUUAAUGACAAGGCUAGCUGCUCGUUGCGAUGCCAAGAUUUGGCGAAUCAGUGUGCCGAGCUGUUGCCGAAGCACACUGAUUUCUGCUGGGACAACUACCCAACGUGCCAAGACUUGUGUAUCAAGGAGCACGUUCAUUAG